CGAUGCCAGUGUUACACGGCUGUCAUCUUGACCAGGAGUACCGUGGGAUGCUACACGUGGUCCGGCGGUGACGUGGAGGUGGCGAGGUUUAUAAAGGGAGAAUACUGAGGUACAGCAGCUGACUAAACUGUCUGUGGUUGCCGCCAGCGCUGUGCCUUCAUGAUGCGUUUCUUCGUCGUCCUUUGUCUUGUCGCCCAGAUCCUCUCCGAGGAGCCGAGGGCUCGACUGGUUCCGCUGGCCAACAUCCCUAUUGACAUCACCAAUGCCGAUCUGGGCAUUGAGCUGGUUCCCUUUGCCACCGACAUCAACGCACCGAGGGCGGUUCAGGUGCCACUCAACUGGAUCCCUGUAGGCGGCGCUCCCAGGAUGGAGCAGAUCCCCCUGGGUCUGCCCGUGGAAGACGAUCAGCUUGUCGACGCGCCUCCCACGCCGGAGCUGAUCCCUCUGUCCGACAUUCCCAUCACUGAAGGAGAAGACAUCCCCAGGGCUAUGUUGGUGCCUUUCAACCUGAUCCCAGUGGCUGACACAGAGCCCAAGGCGGAGCUGAUCCCCCUGUCCGACAUUCCCAUCACUGAAGGAGAAGACAUCCCGGGCCAUGUUGGUGCCCUUCACCCUGAUCCCAGUGGCUGA